GCCUGCAGAAGGACUCAGCUGACAGCUAAGAAAUCCAGCCCCGCUGCGCCCCGUGGCAGUGAUGGGCUUGUGAGAAACGGGCACUGGCACGUGUGCAGGGGGCACCCGGGCAGCCCCACGCUAGCCCUGCAGGGGCUGCGGGGCAGGGGAGGGUGGUGGGAGGUGUUGGGCUGGUAGGGCAGCUGGCCAGCCCUGCAGCCCAGCUGGACAAGGGGGUAGGCACCUGCACCUCAUGGGCAUGUAUUAUCCCUCGGCUCCUCCGGCUUCAAGCAUUUGCAGGUGAAUGUGGCUUGCUCCGUGGGGGAUGUAGGUCUGCUCCUGUCCUGAGGAGGAGGAGGGAAGAACGCUGCUAGGGACUAGAAGCUGCGUGUCCGCGCUUGCACAGAAAUACAGAGGGGACUCGAGCAUCCAGGCGGGUGAAAAGCACCAUCUAAAAAGUAGAUGGACUUUUUAGAUGUCAGUCUUUUAGACCGCCUUUUUAGCAGUCAGCCAUGAGAGUCCACGUUUGAUGACUGUGCUGCUUUAGAGAGGUCGGCGCUGAGGCCCCCUGAGUUCAACUGCUAUCCAUCUGUAUCGUGAGCUGCUUGGGCACCCGUCUCUCUGGUCCCAGGUGUCAUUCCCCUCCUCAUGCCUGUGGAGCCCUCAGCAGUCAGAGGUGCUCCAGCUACUUUGCCAACAGGAGCUGAGCUUCCCCAAAGUACUUUUUGUUGCUGGGGUGCAGGUACAGUUGAUGUAUCAAUGUUUUGCCCAGUGUAGCCCAGAUAAUGUACCAGAAAAUGCAGAACCCCUGUCUCAUGACCUUAAUUUCUGUGGUUUUAUUCACCAGCCCAACAUUUCAGUGGGAACCAUGAGGAUAAACACUUUGAAACCUAGAGUAUAAUAAACUUGGCUGUUUGUUUACAGUGAUGAGGACAAGAUAGAUGUGUAUUGCUCAAGAGCCUAUGGAGGUUAAACCCAGCUUUUUUUCCGUUUGCUUAAAUUAACCUAUAUGCUUAGGAAUGGAGAAUUAAUCCAGAAUAACCUCUGGAAUUACUCUUCUGAUUCCCAUCCACUAGGUAUUGUUGCAUCCUGGCUUUCCCUUCAGGAAGGAAGCUGCACUUACUCUACCUGCAUACUUUUUAUACCUUGCACGGCUUUGUUGUUAUGAUUGCUCAGUGCAUACUUUAUGCUUCACCUUAGUAUUCUGGCAUUUUCUUUUGCAGCAAGAGCUUUUCCUACUGAGCUUCUUUAUCCUCAGUUGGGAGGAAGAAGAUUGUGCUCUUUGAGGCAGCUAAAAGAAAAGCUUCCUGAGUUGCAAGUAGAUUUGGAGCAGUGGUCAGCAAGGAGAGUAUUAAGUGAUGGAGAACCUUUGAUCAGAAAGGAAAUUAGAGUUACAGUCAGAGAUACCAGGAGAAGCAGCAGCGUGUUCCCUCUGAGAAAGUCUUGAAGGAAUGGAGAUGGGCCCAUGACACAUUUGAAGACCUGUGGAAGAAAAGACACAUAAUAUGUAAGACAUGAUCUGUUUCUUAGAGAGGGGACCCAAGGGCAGCAGCAGGACUGACCAGCCCGUGCAUCGGAGAAGGUGUUUCCCUGGGUGGCAGGAGCACCACAGCUGUAGUCAGAAGGAGAGAUCGAUCAAAUGAAGUUUUGAGCAAUGGGAGUAAAGAGGGCAGAGAAAGACAGAUCCUUGGCACUUUCUUCACUCAUUCAGAAUGAAGAGGAGGAAGAGCAGCGUUCAGCAGGACAGAGCCUGUUUCUUCGGAAAGAUGGUGAGAUCCUGGACCAAUGGAGAGACCAGAGUAGUGCAUUUGGCACCAGCAACAUCUAGAGCUGAACAGGGCUGGCUCCUGCUGCUGCAGUAAGCCUGUGUUCCAGCUUUCACUGCUAGGGAGAAUAGGAAGCAUUUUAUUGCAGCUGCAUUUGAUAGUCCUGCAUUGUGCUGCAUUGACUGUCCAAGCUUCCUUGAGAUAAUCUGGUUACAGGCAGCAACAGCACAAGCUUCUCGGUUGAGCCAAAAGUCCAAGGUGGUGUGCAUUGCCAUGGCACAACUAAUGCUACUGACAGUAGCAGCAGUUAAUACUGGAAUACAACACCCGACAGCCCAUCAAAAAACACCACCACGUCAUUUCAGGCACCCUGUAGAAGUCUUCAGGUUUGGAUGCCUACUCUGGGUGAUUUAAAAGAAAAAGGUUGCUUCAUAGUCCUAGAGAGGAGAUCAAAGGAGAUAAAAUCAGACUGUAAUGGGAUAGCACCAGCUGAAGAAAUGGUGCCAGAAUUAACAGCAAGGAAAACGAGCACAGAUGAAUUCAGGUGGGAAAGUGACUGGGCCUGUUGGGCUGGUUGCUGCUCAGUCAGCUGUAGAGAAACACCCAGGAGAAAGCCAUGACCUUCAUCUGGAAGGCAGCAGGUAACCACGUGCAUGCUUAAUAGGUCUGGCUGAGCCCAGCAACUACAAAGCCUUUGCUGGAAAAGGAAGGGACUUCCCUGAGGCAGUCUGCACGUGGAAACUAAGUCCUGCACAGAAAAUGGGCCAGAAGGCACCCAAGGACAACCAGAAGAACAAGGCUGAAACCCUAGUCAUUUGUGAAGUCUUCAGCCAAGGUGUGGUCCAUGCAUCUCAAAGGUGGAAGGACUAUCUUGGUUUCAUGGAUCCUCAGAGCAAACUCCAGACGGCCACAAACAGGCUGAGCGAGAUGGUUUUGGUCAACUUCUUCAGUUUCUAUGAAAAGGGAAUGGAGGAAUGGAUCAUGACAAGCAAAAUGACCAAGCAGUAGUCCUCCCUGUGUGGGGUGCGCUGGGUCUGGACUCUGUCUGGAGCUGACAAGCAAAUCAAACUUGGGAUGGCGGUGCAGGCGGUGCAGCUGGCCGAGCUUUGCUGGGAGGGCAGCCCUGCUGUGCUGGGGGCAGCUGCGGGAGCUGUGCGGGUGGGUGACCGCUUCCAAAAUGGGACCAGGUUUGGGAAGCUGGUAGAGCUGUGCCGCCUGGUGGGAUGGGACUGCCUGGGCUUGUUCAUCACGUGUGCCAGGGAAGCCUGAGGCACAUCUGAGGAGUCAGGUUAGACAGCAUUGCCCAGGAGGAGCAAAAAUGCCGCCUGUUGGGCAGGAAUGCGCUAUGGCAAUUUGUCACUAGUACCGACAGCUUCCUACCCACAAAAGACAUGUUGGAAAACUGCCUUGGCACAAAAAACAGACCAAAGGAGGUGGCCAAUACACACACAAACUUUCUGUAAACCACUGGUUAACAGCAGUGGCUCUUUGCAUGCCAGAGGCUGUAUUGGGCUCAGCUUGGCCUCUUUAGCUUUUCUUCUCACAUGCCAUCCUCUGCACCCCCUUACAUCCCACCUUCCCUUCCACCCAUUGCAUUCCCUUAGCUCCUGCAGGAGCCAGGCUGAGUCAGUCUCUCCAAGUUUUAAAACAACAGGACAUACCCUGCCAGAAAAACAUGUUUAUAGAAGGCGCAUCAUUCUUGCAGAACAUUUUGUUCACCAGACAUAGUCUUGGCUGGAGCUGAUGAAAGCUUUAUCACCCUGAGCCUUUGGGAGGUCAUGGUAGAUUUGACUCACAGCCUCUGUUAACCGUGUGGCAGAUUUUUUCCUGUAAUAGACGGCAGAGUCUGUAAUAAAGACGAUGUACUGGUUCUGGUCAGGAGAUCUGCACUGAGCAUGAAGGACAGUAUCAGGGCUUAAGAACACCGGUUUGGAGGAGUGAGCUGGUUCCCAACUAAGAGGAAAAGCCCUUCCCUGCAAUAGAAAUGAGCUAUAAGAUAAACAUAUUAAUUACCUGCCCCUUAAAGCAGCUCAGUGCCAGGCUACAGAGGGCCUCAGAGCUGUGACCGCAACACAGGGGCAGGGUUGGUCCCGGCUCCAAAGCCUGGUUUUGUUGAGUGGCGGCACCAGGUCAACGCAUGGCAAAAGGCAGGGGCUGGCAUUAAAGAAAACAGGAAAAAUCAACCAACAGGGACAAAAACCUGGCCCUGGAGAUGGAGGGUAUUUUUACUUUUCAUGGCAGCAGAGGCAGCACCUGACUAAUCACGCAAAAGAGUAUGGAGGAGGCAAAAUUAUUUCAUGAUGAAUUUGUUCUCAGUAGCUUAGCAGCUGAUUGCAUUUAAGGACUGAUUUAUUCCAUUUCCAUCAGCUUUUAGUGGACAAAGUGAGACUUCUGGCUUGCAGAAUUGUAAUUGCUUUGUUUCAGCUACUGUUAACCAGUAAAGGAAGACCUGCUCAGUUUUCAAAUCUGUAAACUCACUUUGUUUAUAGCUACUUGAAUAAUUUUGUCAGUGCAAAACUCCUCCACCUAUAGUUUUCUUGUAAUUUUGUUUAACAAAAUAAAAAUUUCAAAAUCUCAUUCAUAUUUUUCUACUUACUAUUUGAGCCAUAAGAUGGAGCAGCUGCCAAAAUGGUCUGCAGUUUUCCAUGGCAUAGGUGUGAAGGCUGAAUGGGGAACUGAAACAAAAACAAACAUGCAGAGAACUGUGAAAUUUUUGUGGAGUCACGUGCAGGGCUAGUAUGGAGAAGGGAAGCCUUUCAGUUUUGAAAUAACUCAUUGAGAUACAGUUGUUUUUCGAAGGCUGGUGUCACUCACGUUUGGGCCACUCACUUCAAGAAAGACCUGGAGGUGCUGCAGCAUGUCCAAAGAGCAACGGAGCUGGUGAAGGGUCUGGAGCACAAGUCUUGUGAGGCGCAGCCGAGGGAACUGGGGGUGUUUAGUCUGGAGAGGAGGAGGCUCAGGGGAGGCCUCACCUUACUGCCUCUACAGCUCCCUGAAAGGAGGCUGUAGCGAGGUGGGUGUCAGGCUCUUCUCCCAAGGAACAAGCCAUAGGAUGAUGGGAAACAGCCUCAAGUUGCUCCAUUGGAGGUUUGGUUUAGAUAUUAUGAAA